AUGUUUUUAUCGGGGAGGGCGUUGGCGUUCACUUCGAUUCCCGAGGACAAGUGGGCGACAUACGACAAUUUAAGAAGCCCAAGUUUCGCCGCUUCGGGACGCGCCUGGAGCAGCCGAACGCGCGGCGGACUCGAACGCGGCUGCACCGUGGAGCCCGACCGGGAAGAACGCUUCUGGUUCGAGGAGCUGGCAGAUCCAGAGGAGGACGCGGACGUGGAGGCGGGUGUCCUUUCGCAGCAGAGCCGGCCUCCGCCCGCGCUUCCUCCUUGGCGCACUGGGGCGGAAUCCCUCAUUGAGUUCCACGACGCCGACUUCCCGCCGCGCCCGAGCACGGCGGCGAAGGACGAGCGCGAGAUGUACGGGACGGCGGAUUCGGAGCAAGCCGUCGGCGAGACCGGCUGCUCGGGUUGCGGCGCCACCCUGCAUUGCGCCGACGCGACCCUGCCGGGCUACCUGCCCGGCGAGAAGUACAAGGCGCUGCUGCGGGAGGACCGUCUCCGCAGCGCCACCUGCCAGCGCUGCCACCUGCUGCGCCACCACCACCGGAAGGCCCUCGACCCGCAGGCGUCCGAGGACGAGUUCCGCCGCGCCUUGCGGCCGAUCCGCUCCCGGAGGGCGCUGGUGCUCCUCGUGGUGGACCUCCUGGACGUCCCCGACUCCAUCGUGCCGGACCUUCCGGACCUGGUGGGCGCCGACAAGCGCGUCGUGGUGCUGGGCAACAAGAUUGACCUCCUUCCCGCCGACUCGCCCAACCACCUGCAGCGAAUCCGACGGCAGCUGGGCCGCUGGUGUCGGGACGCCGGCUUCGGGCCUCAGGUGAGCGACGUCCACCUGAUCAGCGCCAAGACCGGCUACGGCGUGGAGGCUCUGAUCUCCGGCCUGCAGAGGGCGUGGAAGUACAAAGGCGACGUCUACCUGGUGGGAAGCGCCAACGCCGGCAAGUCCACGCUCUUCAAUACGCUGCUCCGCUCCGACUACUGCAAGUCCGAAGCCUGCGACGUCGUCGGCAAGGCCACCGUUUCCCCGUGGCCCGGGACCACUCUGGACCUGCUCAAGUUCCCCAUCGUCAACCCCACGCCGUACCGGAUGUUUCGACGCCGCGAGCGCCUGGAGGAACGUCGCCGAGAGACGGAGGACGACCCGUCGCCGCAGCAGCCCAAGACGCUCAAAGACGUCCGCCGCCAGGGAUACUUAGUCGGUCGCGUGGGUCGAACUUUCCAGCCCAAAGUCGGACGAGGAACCGUCGCCUUCGAUCCGGACGCGUUGGCCUUCGGAGAAUACGACGACGACGACGACGGAGAACGCGGGAGCGCCGGAAAAGAGGACGCCGCCGGCCCCAGCGCGCCGACCCCCGACGAGCCCAAAGAUUCGCAUUGGCUGUUUGACACGCCGGGAAUCGUGAAGGAACGCGACAUCCUCGGCCUGCUCGGCGAGCGGGAAGUGCAAGCCGUGGUUCCCUCGCGGCCCAUCGUUCCUCGCACCUUCGUCCUGAAGCCCGGAAUGAGUCUCUUUGUCGGCGCGCUGGCCAGGAUCGACUACCUGGAGGGGGAAAAGUCCUGCUGGUUUUCCGUCAUGGCCUCCGCUCAAGUUCCGGUCCACAUCAGCAGCGUGGAAAAAGCCGACGCCGUCUACCAGAAACACGCCGGACGCGAGCUGCUGGGGGUGCCGGCGGGAGGGGCGCAGCGCAUGAAAGACUUUCCGGCCUUGGCGCCUCAGGAUUUCCGGCUGGAGGGUCAAGGUCACACGGAGGCCGCCGCGGACAUCAAGCUGUCGUCCGCGGGUUGGGUGGCGGUGACGGCGUUUGAGGGCCAACUGCCGCUGCUGAGGCUCCACGGGCCGCCCUCGGCGGCCUACGGCCUGAGGACGCCGCCGCUACUUCCUCACGUGGUUUCCCUGAAGGGGGCGCGCGUCCCCAAGUCGGCCGCCUACAAAGCGCUGACGCCGGCGGCGCUGCGGGACGCCGGCGGCCCGAGGCGGCGGCCCGAGAAGAAGGGAAAAGCGCCCGCGCGCUCAUGAAGGCACGACAACAUCAUCCGAUCAAGAAAACUUUAUUUCACCCGAGUGUGACCUCGGAAAGGCCCGCGUGGAAAAAGAAACUGAAAGAAAAGCGCACGGAUUCAUCUUGGACAUUGUCACAAUGUCGCGUCGCCGAGGCCGCGGACUGAGCGGCCGUCCGAUUGGGCGCGCAACCGUUUAGAAUGUUUUGACCGCGAGCGCGUAAUACACGUGCCGCGAUUGAACAAGGUUCGCCCGGCGGGUGUCAAGAGACUUGAUGGGGUGACGCGACCCUCAUCAAGUCACGUGGACUCACGUGGCUCCUUCAUGACGACAAACAAGAAUAUUGCACCCAAUAAAACACAAGACAAGCGUGA